AUGGCCCCUGGCAUAGACUCUGGGCUUCCCCCCCUCCACGAGGGCCUUGAGAUAUUCGAGGACCUAUUACGGAACCUCGAUGCUCACCAGAACGUGCUUGGGAGAGAGCCAUUGUCGAUAAAUGUCGCGACGGUCUGCUCGGGGACAGAUUCCCCGAUUUUCGCACUGAACCUCGUGCAGGAAGCCGCGCGGAAUCUCGGACAGGAUUUCAUCCAUUUCAGUCAUAAGUUCGCCUGCGAGCUUGAGGCAUUCAAGCAAGCCUUUAUUCGACGCAAUGUCGACCCGCCGCUCAUUUUCCGCAAUGUUCUGGAGCUGGGUGCCAGAGGAGCGACCCAGGCUAUGGUUGCCGGUGGCUACUUCGAGGACAUUCCUUCGGACAAGCUCGACCUCUUUAUUGCCGGCUGCUCCUGCGUUGAUUACUCGAGCCUGAAUAACUCCAAGGAUGGCAAGACGUAUCUUCCCGUGUUCGAAAAGUAUCCCCCAGACAUCGUCAGUGGAAAGGAAAAAAGCCCACCUCGACUCGAUGCCGAGUUCGUGGAGAGAUUAAUAGAGACUCUCGAGAACCUCGAGGGCCUCAAGACGGGAGAAUCAAUGAGGACGUUCCUAGCUGCCAUGAGCUACAUCAUCCGGACAAGACCGAAGAUUGUGAUUCUCGAGAACAUCGACUCGGCGCCGUGGACCGCCAAGACCAACUUCUGGUUCCCGAGAGCCGGCUAUGUCGCAGCCCAUGCCAAGGUGAACUCGAGAAGGUACUAUGUCCCUCAGACCCGGCAGCGUGGCUAUCUCGUCGCGGUCGACGUGCAAGUUUUCGGAGCCGAGAGGGCACAAGCCGUGAUCGAGCACUGCAUGAAGCUCGUGAAGAAAUUGGAGCGAAACGUCUCAAGUCCGGUGACCGACUUCCUGCUCGCAGCCGACGACCCUCGGCUCGUCCAGGCCCGAGCGGACAUGGAACAGCGAAAUGCCAACCAGAAAGAAAUCGACUGGGGUUUCAGCCAGCUACGCCACGAGGCUACCCGCCAGGCUGAAGGGCUUUCGGCGGCAGCCCACCCCUUCUCGAUGUCUGUAUUCGCGCACGGCAAACUGAAGGAAGUGACUCCGCCAUCUCGAUCAUGGAUCCAAUACUUCAAGAAGCAGAUGCCCCGGGUCCUCGACUUCAUCGACAUUGUCAUCCUGAAGGGCCUCCAGGUGCAAUGUGACCUGCGAUACAAGACAUGGGUACUCGAUGUCAGCCAGAACGUCGACCGUUCCACCAUCAUCACCUCGAAUUUCGAGUCCAAGUUCGGCACCAUCGGCUGCAUCACGCCAACCGGCCAGCCGAUCCUGACUGACCAGGUGCGGCCCAUCACGGGCAUCGAAGCCCUCGGCCUGCAAGGGCUGCCCCUCGACGACCUGGUGCUGUCGACCGAGACCCAGGCCCAGCUCUUGGACCUCGCGGGCAACGCCAUGACAGUGCCCGUCGUCGGGGCCGUCAUCCUGGCAGCCCUUGCUGCCGCCUACGACGUCCUCCGGGAGACAGCGGAAGGCGCCUCGCCGCCGACGGGGACAAGCAUCGGGGACCCCAUGGAGGAAGACCAGGGACCAGAGUCGUCUUUCCUGGAAGACAUGGGCUCUUGGGACCUGGGAAGCUUCCGGGGGGCCAACAUCGACGAGGUGAUGACGCUUGUCUCGCGGUCGAUGCGCUUGUGCUUCUGUCCAGGGGUGGAAGGGAUCGCCUCGGGCCAGCGGCAGUGGCUCCGCUGCCAGGACUGCGGAGCAACUGCCUGCAAGGGCUGCAGAGGCAAUCCCCGACACCGCUUCGCAGAGCUGGCCGUGCUUCGCCGCAUGAGCCAGGCCGAGCUGCAGCUGCAGCUCAGAAGCUGUCUUCCCGGGGUGUUCAGGGUCCGUGCCGAGGGCGGCGAUGUCGCUGGGGUGCUCGCCCGCGAGGGAUGCGAGCCACACUAUGUGGCGGGUGUGGCCAGACUCGUUGGUCGCACCAACCUGUUCUACCUCCAGCAGGUCAAGGUCACGGAGUGUGUGACGGUCGACUACAAGUCGACAGAUUGUGUCGCUCGCCUGGUUCUCACGAACACAGGUGCCGAUUGGUAUCUCUUCCCGGCCCGACUGGACCAGGACGUGAAGUCCUCCCGCGAGGACUCUCAGCCGGUCGCAAGGGGCAAGUUCGCUCCUGGGUCUCGUCAGCCCGGGAGCAGCGAGCAGACCUUGGACCCAAGAGAAGCGGCCUGGUCGGUCUGGGUCCGGAGACGGUGCGACCACGACCUCGUGGUGGAGGCAGAGCCGGCGCAGCAGGCCCUGAGGGUUCGGCUGGCGGAAGGGGGGGCGGCGACGCGGAACGCCUUCCCCCCCCACGUCCUCAAGUCCAUUGAGGAGCGAGUUGGAGGGGUGUACUGUCCCAAGCCGCGUUGCGGGACCCCCGAAGACUCGCUCUUCGUGAGACAGGAUGGCUCCUCGGAGCAGUUCCUGUUCAAGGACGUGGCGCCCACGGGGCCGCCCAAAGAGGACACUUUUGUGUUUUCCGACACCAACCGGCAGCUCGAGGCCGGCGAGUACCGCGAGGUCUCGCUGCGGACAGGCGAGCUGUCCAUGCCCCCUGCGCAAGGGGUCGUCGUCAGGGCCCACGUCGACGGGUACUGGGCGACGUGCAAGCCGUUCGACUCGGCGGUGCCGAAGUCGAUGGUGCGCGAGCCGUUGGCUGUCAGCUCUGUUGGUGUUUUCACGGGGGGCAAUGGCCCAUGCUGCAGGGCUCCCAGCAAGCCGGCGACUCUCUUCAACGUCCAUCUGGACGUCACGGAGCUCCCGCUCCCGCUGGCCACGGUCUCUCGGUGGACGAAUGGGCGAUCUGGGCCCCUGAACUUCUACGCCGUCCCGCCUUCACGGCUGGACAACUUCUUGCGGGAUAUCGCCUUUGCUUGCCCGAGCAUCUUCAAGGCCGGCGCCAUUCGAUUGGCUGAACUUGGCACCAGAGGUCGUGGUGCUGAAGUUGUCUUUUGUGCCGAGUGCUGCAUUGCGCCGCCCAGGAUCCACUGGCAACCUCCUGAUUCGGGGGCUGGGGCAGCUCACCCUUGGGAGGACCCCGACGACGUCGAGCUGUUCGAGCAGCGAUUGAGGAUGCUUCCGCCGCCAUUUGCCGCCAUGGUGAAAUUCGCCGGUCACUCGUUCCAGGAUCACAGCAACGGCACUCUAGAUAUCAGCUUCACUCUCAACUCCAGAACCCUCGCCUCGCGCGCCAUGGCCCACCUGGCCUACGGUACCAGGUCCAGAUUCUUCAGCGGUCUUGUGAUGCGACAUUCGAGGGUGUUCUGCGAGGUCGACUGGCAAUACCAUCCUGAGGAGACUCUCGAUUCGCUUGUCCCUUUCCACAAAGCCAUCCACGAUACCACCAACCUCUACGGCCUCCGAGAAGACUAUUUCCGCCAUCAUAUAGCCAACGUACCCCUGGAUCUGCCCUGCUUCCGAGCCGCCGGCCAUUCUUUGAGGGAAGACCAAGCCGGAGCGGUCCGAUGGAUGAUUGGUCGAGAAGUCUGCCCGGCAGUAUAUUCUGAGACGGAACUGGAAGAGGUCGUGCCCCUCGGCCUGAACACACGAAUCGUCGGGCGUGCCGUGUUCGAGAACGACGGGUCCCUUCUGUGCUCUCGAGGAGGCGUCGCUGCGCAUGAUAUCGGGUAUGGGAAGACGGUUGUCGUGAUCGCCCUGCUUGAGCUGAGAAGGGGCUUCGACUGCGACGGAUCAUCCAUCGACGAGAGAAAGAAGGCCGCAGCUCUCUGGAGCGCUCCCUGCGACCAUUCGGAGUCGUUCUUCCACCUGAAAGCGACACUCAUCAUCGUCCCAGGCCACAUUUCCGACCAGUGGAUCAGCGAAUUCAAGAAAUUCGGGAGCAAGGCUAAGAUCAUCAAGAUCCUCGACGUCAAGGCCCUUGAGAAUGUGCCACUGAUAGCCCUGCGAGACGCCGACGUCAUCGUUGUGUCGGAGGGGCUCUUCCGGUCGGCCGCGUAUAUCGAGAACAUAGAUCGUUUGGGCAAGUCAACUCCUGAUUCGAAGUCCAAUGUAUCGGACCGAGAGGCUCAAGACAGGUACCGAGCUGGCACGAAAAUGAUCCGCUGGGCAGUGACCCACUACCUGAAGAACGGGUCCGACGUAAAAUCUACCAACGAAGGGCUGCUAAAGUUGGUCGAGGAGAGGCAGGCGGCCGGUCAGAAAGUGGCUGAUGAAUAUGUUGCUCCUUCCACCCGGAAGGGCUCCAAGGGGGGCAAGACGACUGCCAAGGGGAAGGCAACCCAGGCCGUUCCGAGGCGGCCCGCGAACCAGGAAGGUCAUGUCGCACUCUGGCAUCCGACCUUGUUCCUGGAGAAUUUCAGCUUCGCGAGGAUAAUUGUGGACGAGUACUCGUACCAAAGCACGCCCACCCUAUCCUUCCUCUCCGGCUCCCUUGCCUACGCCAAAUGGCUUCUCUCCGGCACGCCUCCCUCGCAGAACCUCUCGAAUAUUACCGACGUUGGCAUGGCACUGGGCAUCCAUGUGGCUCGAUCGGAACCCUGCGUCAGGCCGGGCCUUCCUGCCGUCACGGAAGGACCGAGACUACACCCCAUGUCGCCGAGCGAGGAAUUCAGAUCGUUUUCGACCCGCAUCAAAUCCAUGGACUUCAUCAUGGAGCGGCACAGGCACGGCAUCGAAUUCGUCCGGCAUGUCUAUCGAUCGAACCCACUGCUACACUCGAACAUCCUCGUCGACGAGGGGGUCGUGCCCGUCCGGCUGCGUCCGCGGACAGCCGUUUAUUACAACGUGGCUCAUCUCGAGAUCUCGGAUGCCAACGGCAAUCUCCUCCAAGUGCCCAUGGAGAUUCGAAAGCUUCUGAAUCGUGUCAAUGUCGCCGCCACAAAUUCCGGAGAGGUUGCUGCGAACCUCGCCCUGGCCGCGGUUGCCAACGGAGUCCUCGGCAACGGGGAGUGGUACGAGGACAUGGGCCGCGCCCUUGCGACGACGGUCAUCAAAUUCGAGAACGAUACCAAGUUCUGCUUUGACAAGUUGGUGUGGCUGCUCGACCGCGCACGCUCAGUCGGUGCUAAGAUCCAGAACGAUUCCAAGUUUCAGGCGGUCCGUAAUGUGGCCGAGGGGGUCAUCCGAGGCUUCGUCAGGGAUUUUAGGGGAGAAAAUCGCAACCUUUCCAUGUACGGUGGACAGCUCCCAUUCACUCGCCUCAUGUCUAGGCUAGCUCCAGCCACGGUAAUCCGCGCCGGCUCUCAACCCAUCACCCCCCGCGCUCUCUACCUUCCACCUUCGGACGCAUCAAACUUUGAACCAAGAGUCUGGAGAAGGGACAUGGCUCACACUUUCUGGCUGGACUGGUACGACGUCACCGAAUCCCAAGUUGCUACGAUGGACCGUAACGAACUCGUUCACCUUGCGUCGGACCUCGUGCUCCUCAGCUACUCGUCACUGGAGCGUCCUCCCAUCAAGGAAUCGUCCGUCUCGCAUUGGCUUUCCAUGCAUGAAAAUAUCAUCAAGUCGCUAUUCAGUGACGGUGGCUAUGCGAAUUGGCAUCUGCGUCAGAACACUGCUCACCGGAGCAUGAUGUACGAGCGAGUUGGCCGGCCCAUCAUUGAGAAACUCGACAACCGCACCCUGGCCAACUUCAUCAUGGCGUGCCAGAAAAGCAAGAUCGAUGCGAACGAGGCUAGCCUUUCCCGGCUCAUCGAUACGGGAGGCAAGACCAGCAAACCUGAUCUCCGGGACAUCUGCAGGAACCACAAUCUGAAGUUCACAGAGUCCGACACCGGCAAGGCGCUCCUCGAGAAGAUCGACCGCUACACCAAGGGCGUGACCGACGGCAACGACCACAUCGACGGGCGUGGAACCAGCAUGUCCCAGGAAUUCCCCAUGCUGAACAAAAUCAGGAAGGUUCGCUCCUCAGCCCCCGAGGCCACCCUCGACGAGAUCAACAUGACCUACCAGCGCUUCAUUCGCAGCAUAGAGGACUAUGUCCAGACAUGCCGGCGAGUCGAGUUUUUCGAAUCCAUCUCCAGGCUUGCGCAGAGCGGUCCAGGCGCCCGGCUGCACUGCGAUAGCUGCCUCGGUCAGGACCCCGGCACUUUCGUCGUCGUCGCCUGUGGGCACAUCAUGUGCGACAAGUGCAAGGCGAAGAUGGAUCAAAAUUGCGAGAGAUCGACCUGCACCGUGGAAUCCUGCACUGCCUACUGCAGAAACUCUCCCAUCCUCCGAUGGGCCGAUCUGAUCUCCGGCGUCCCCAAGGAGCACGUCGACUCCUGCGAUUGGAGCCGGACUCCGAAGACACAGGAAUCCAGAAACCCCGGAGCGGGUCUGCCCGUCAAGGCGGAGAGGGGCGCGAAGCUGGCGGCCAUCAUCGACAAAGUCAAGAGCGUUCCGGCCGACGACCAUGUCCUCCUCUUCGUGCCCUUCGUCUGGCUGGCCGCGGAGAUUGAACGCUGCUUCGGCGAAGAGGGCAUAACCUAUAUCACCCUGAUUGGGGAGAAAGGACUUACCGACCUGGAAAUGUCCGAACGUGCUGAGCUGUUCAAGACCGGUUGCAGCAAAGCCCUCAUCCUGGAUCCCACCGAGGUGUCCUGCGCCGGCAUCAACCUCACCAUUGCCAACCAUGUCAUCUUCGCCGCGCCAUUCCUCGAACCCGACGUGUACAAGCGCAACCAGAACAUGAGGCAGGCAAUCGGGCGCUGCGUCCGCCCGGGACAGGACAAGGUCGUCCACGUCUACCACUUCAUGGCCGAGAACACGAUCGAGGAGCGCGUCCUGCGGGACUACGCCAGGACCCACCAAAACCCGGACAACGCCAUCGCUCGACACUUCAGCAACAGCCCCAAGCCCUGGUGGCUCCAACAACAAGACGACGCAGAGGCGGCCGCCAACGAGGCCAACGGCGGCGCCGGCGACCCGGGCCCGUCCACCACCCCGGCACCCGCCGCGGCUCAAGAGAAGGUGCAGCAAGCCCAGCGCACGCCCGUGCCCCUGGCUCCCGCGGGCGGCCAGCCCUUCGAGCCCAAGCUCGGGCCCGACGAGGACCCCGUCUCGUCGCCGGACCUGUGGCAGCGGAUGGCCGGCCUGAUGAUCGACAACGGCAUGGUCCGCGACGAUGACGACCUGCCCCUCAGUUGGGACUACCACCGCGUGAGGCUCGCGAUCCGGUCCGAGAGGAUGCGCCGAUCUGCCGCGCAAAUUACCGGCUCCUUCAUGCCGGCGCCCUACAUCUUCCAAGGCUACGAUGCUGCCACCGCCGGCGGCGCCGGCGAUGAUGACAAGAAUAAUAACGGGCCACCCCCCGAGGAUGUGGCGGCCCAGGCUCCGCAACCGUAUGUGUCUCCCUUCCUCUGGGACGUGGUUGACAAUGGCGGCCUUACCGAGGAAGAUCUCUACGACUAGGCCCAAGCAUUAUUGGGGCUUCUAGAGGAGGGAAAACGGCGGUGAUAUCGAGCCGGGAUAUGGAUUAUGGGGACGGAGACAUCGCGGUCUUUAUCGCCCUUCUUUGUUAUUUCAUUUGUUACUUUUUU